ACUAUACUUCACAGCUAUCUAUCAAAAUGCCACCAGAUAUGGCCUCUCCCUCCGCCGAAAUUGACUUGGACGACGAGCAGUAUGACUCUGCCGAAGACGAAGACUUCCAGCUCGACGCAGCCCAAGAUGACGCGGACUCGGGCAUGUCCGAUUCCGACGAAGAGGAGGCCGCCGACGAGCCAGCGUCUAAGCGACGGAAGAAGGAUACCAAGGAUGCGCAAGGAGCCGGUGAUGACGACGAGCUGGCUUCUGGAGAUGAGGCGAUGAUCCAGAAGGCGAAGAAUAAGAAGAGGAAGAAGGGAGAAGACGGGGAUGUGGAUCUUGAUGAUGAUGAGGAAGGAGGAACGGGAGGUUUUGUGCGGACGCGCGCGAUGAAGAUGCGAAUUGGAGAGGAGCGUAAACCUCUCGCGAAGAUCGACGGCGCUACAGUUGACGUGGAUGCGUUAUGGGCGAAGAUGAACGCACCAGACUCGGGGGUAGAUGCUUCUUCAGCGCAGGACGAGAGCAAGGAAGCUACGCCUGCGGCUGGCCAGACUGACGGGGAAACGGCAGGUGGUGACGAGGCGACGCCCUCCGCACAGGAUCCCCAGACGAAAUAUACCGAAGAAAUGGUGAAGAUCAAGCGCACAUACAAGUUUGCAGGAGAGAUGAUUACAGAAGAGAAGAUUGUGCCCAAGGAUUCAGCGGAAGCUAAGCUAUUCUUGGCGGGCGAGAAGGAUGCGGAGACCGUGACUGCUGCAGAUGUAGACAACGCAGCGAAUGCUAAAGAUGCCCUCAAACUGCGCAGACCGCUUCGACGACCUUCCCGCUUUGAUCCGAAUCCCACCGGUUCGAUCAAGAAGAGCUGGGAGAAACAGCCCGUUACAGAGGCGACGGCUGGACAGGAGAACGCCCGGGGACCGAAGAUCAACACGGUCGAGAAGUCGCGUCUGGACUGGGCUGCGUAUGUGGACCAGGCUGGAAUCAAGGACGAGCUCAACGUGCACAGCAAAGCGAAGGAGGGAUUCCUGGGUCGCAUGGAUUUCUUGGACCGCGUGGGGGCCAAGAUAGACGAGGAGAGGAGAAAUGCUCGUCUGAAGGGGCUUUAAACUGCCUUAAUUUCCAGUCCCUCUUUUCCUUUGGCUUAUCGA